UGAUGACGUAGUCCACACAGCCGCACUUGCUGAGAGAAGAACGUGAGUUGAUGAAGUAGAAUAUUGUGCAAUUUUUCAUAUAGUGUGUUUAUCAGUUGCAUAAGAAAAUGGGCAAGAAAAAUAAAAAACAAAAAGAUGCUGCUGCUGCUGCUGCUGGAAAGCGAGCAAGCACUCCUCCUGAAUAUAAAGAAUUAUCAAAGGCUUCAAAGAAAGAAGUGAUGGAAUUAGCAACAAAGCUGUUGGAAUUUUGUUCCAAACCUAUUGCUCCUGGUCCAAAGGAGAUAGAAGAUUUCCCCGAGAUUAACAGCAUGGUGGAGAAAAUCCGUAGCAUUCAGACAGAGGCAACAUACACUCAACCAGAGAGAGAAGCAUGCAUUCCUGCAUUUAUAGAAUGGCUAAAUAACAGCAAAGUGGACACAUCUGCCAUAGAAAUAGAAAACUUCCAACAUGUGGGAUAUGGCAUCAAGGCUACCAAAGAUCUCAAAGAAAUGGACCCUUUUGUGAUUGUUCCCCGGAAGAUUAUGAUAACAACUGACACAGCUAGAGCAUCAGGAUUAGAUGCCUUGAUAGCUGAGGACAAGAUCUUACAGGCCAUGCCAAGCAUAGUGUUGGCGCUUCACCUCCUGUGUGAGAGAAGAAGUACAGAGUCUUUCUGGAAACCCUACCUUGAUAUGCUUCCUAGCGGUUACACUACACCUUUAUACUUCUCACCAGAAGAGCUGAAUUUGCUGAAGGGAUCCCCGGCCUACAAGGACUGUGUUAACCAGUACAGAAACAUAGCUCGUCAGUAUGCCUACUUUUACAGGGUAUUACAGAACCAUCCUGCUGCUGCCAAACUGCCCAUAAAAGACUGUUUCACUUAUGAUGAUUACAGAUGGGCAGUAUCUACAGUAAUGACCAGACAGAACCAAGUGCCAACGCCUGACGGAGAGAGACUGACAUUCGCCCUCAUCCCUUUGUGGGACAUGUGUAAUCACUGUAACGGAACGAUUACUACAGACUAUAAUGUAGAGGAGGACUGCAGUGAAUGCUUUGCUCUCAGAGAUUUUACCAAAGGAGAACAGAUAAUGAUAUUCUACGGUGCCAGAUCAAAUGCAGAGUUGCUGAUACAUAGUGGGUUUGUGUAUCCAGACAAUGAAUGGGAUAGAAUAGCAGUUAAACUGGGUAUCAGUAAAGGUGACCCGCUGUUUGACAGGAAGUCUGAUUUGCUGAUGAAGCUAGGACUAGAAGUUUCUCGGUCGUUCUUCAUACAUCGGGGAAGAGUUCCACUUGAUCCACAAAUCCUCGCCUUCCUCAGAAUCUUCUGCAUGACUGAUGAAAAUCUGAAGGACUUUCAGUCAGCUCCUCUUACGGAAGAGAAGAUGGAGAGCCUUGGUGAUGUGUCUACACCAGUAUCUAUAGAAAACGAGGAGAAGGUCUGGUCGUUUCUGGAGACACGGUCGGCUUUGUUACAGAAAGCCUACGACACUACUGCAGAGGAGGACGAGGAGCUUUUAAAGUCAUCAGAUUUCAAUGAAAACCAAAAACUGCUUAUUUGUCUACGUUUGUGUGAAAAAAAUGUUUUGUUAUCAGCCCAAACAUUUGCCAGAACAAUGAAAGAAAAAUUAACUAUGAAAGAGAACAAAGAUUGAUUUGUUUGUAGCUAUUAAUAGACGUCACUCAGUACAUACAAGGGAACGAAGUGUGGAAGGCAAUGCCAAUCAUCUCUACAGCAGCUAAGCGAUGAUGUCGUCUCCAGUAGAACUCUGAAAUACCAUUCAUUUUUGCAGCAAUGUUUUUCUUGCUGAUUGAGUAACCAAUUCAAACCAUCAGAAAAACUUCGAAAAACGUGAGGGGAUUUUAGUGUGAUGUUAAUGAUAUGCAGGUAUUACAACUUUCAAUCAUGUUCUUAUACAUUGUAUAUCAUUGAAAAAUAGACUGUCAAACAAAGUCUGUAUACAUUAAGUCAUGUACAAAUGAAGUUAAAUGCUAAUCGUUUUUGAAAUGUUUUAAUGAAUAGUACUCAUGAUAAAUGAAAGUGAAAUAAGUUUGAGAUUUGUUGGAAGUGAUUAUUUAUAUAUAUAUAUAUAUAUAUAUAUAUAUAUAUAUAUAUAUAUCAGAAACAGUCCCAUUGUAACUGCUUCUGGGGUAAAUCCACAAUAUGUUCUAGCCUCUAAGUUAAAGAUGUGCUUUUAAAUUAAUAUUUCAUUUAAUCUAUUUUCAUAUGACUAGCUUUUACAAGGAUACAAGACUGAAACUCCACUACAUUUUGAACCAUGGUAGUUGUGAAUUCCCUAAAUUGUCCCUUUAAGUCACAGCUCUAGAGGCAUGGUCUGGGGUACAGACAGUUACAGGGAUAUAUAUCACUGUAUAUAUUGAUGAAUUGGAGUGAUUGACGCAAACUAUUUAUAAGGUACUUUCGGGAUUGUUUGGAUGAGAUUUGAUGUAUGAAGAUUAAUGUAAAAUGUUUCAUGAAAACUUUUCACUAUGAUUUUAUGCAUUUAUUUUCAACGUUUUUGUUGAAAAAUAUGAAUCUUUGCAGCAUUAAAAUUGCUCUAGGCCUGUAGUUUUACUUGAUUAGAAAUUUUAUUUUAUGUUUGCAGCUUCACACUUAUACCACUAAAAUGAUACUACAUAAUGUGUACAAGAAAACAACCCUUCAUCUGUUACAUACGUAGUUCACUAUAUUGAGUCAAUAAGGAUGUACAACUGUUUACCAAGGUACUUUACUGAUCUCUCAGAAAAAGUUUUGAAAUGCUAGGAAAUUUGUAUUUCAAUACUUGCCAUUUUCAACCUAAUCAGUGCACUAUGUUCAUAUAUAUAUAUAAAGAACACUAAAAGGGAUUUUUUUUCGAUAUAGUUGCUUUUCAUUUAAGACAUGCUAUCACCUACGUGUAAACCGAAUGUUUUCUUUGUUUAAACACUACAAAACUUUUGGUAGAAAUAUGGAGUGACAUACAUCUACAAACUACAGAGUGGUGCAUGCAGCACUAAAUCUUAUGCAGAAUAUGUUACAAGUGGACCCUUUAUAUGAAAGGGGUGUUGGAGGCACACUGAACACAAUGGAAGGGCAGGUCGUGUGAUCCUGCUGUAAUAAUUCAGUACUCGAUAAUAUUCAAGUCAAACAUAUAGAUGUACUAUUUCAGAUAAGGAGUUAGUAUUAUAUAGAAGGAUCUGGUAAGGAAUUUUUCAGUGCACUACUAUAAGUAGUAUAUUAUAUACAGUAGCCUCGGCUCCCCUUAAUUCUGUUUUGCAUAAAACUAGCACAGAUGGGCCAGGAGACUUCCAUUGACAAUUUUAAUACUGUCGUUGAUUAUAGUUGUUUAUUUCAUCGUCAUAAACGUCCCACAAAGAAUGGCUUUCUUUACAGAAAUGAUUUAUCAAAGCUAGAGUGAUGUAGGAAAGAACAGUUUCUGAAGCAUUAAUAGUUUUGGGCAGUGGUACGCAGAUCCUUAAAAGGUUUGCAAUGUAUUACAUUUCUGGCUUUGUGUAUGAAGUGCAAGUGAUUUUAUCUGUCAUCAAUUAAAGGAUGAAAACUAUAUUUUGAAUCUAUGAAUCCUGAAUAAAAAAACAUAUGCUUAAA